AGUAGACUUUCUAGCUCACUACGAAGCGCACUUUACAUUGCAGAGAGAGAGGCGACCAUUCCCUAGUUUUCCCAUCCAGGCUGUAGCCGCAGAAGCAUCCAGAGGGGAAUAUUUCAAGGCUUUGUUCAGAGGUGGAAUCAGUUUUCAGUCGCAAUCAUGUCUGGGCARUCUUAUCAAGGCAAAAAGAAUAUUCCAAAGAUCACAAGCGACAGGCUUCUGGUCAAAGGCGGGAGGAUUGUCAAUGAUGACCAGUCCUUUUAUGCUGACAUCUACAUGGAGGAUGGCGUCAUUAAGCAGAUUGGCGACAACCUGAUCGUCCCAGGAGGGAUCAAGACCGUCGAGGCCAACGGCAAGAUGGUMAUCCCCGGUGGCAUUGACAUCCACACCCACUUCCAGAUGCCCUACCGGGGKACCACCACCGUAGAUGACUUCUCCCAGGGAUCCAAGGCUGCCCUGGCUGGGGGAACCACCAUGAUCGUGGACCAUGUGAUCCCAGAGCCGGGCAACAGUCUGAUCGAGGCCUUUGAGCAGUGGAGGAGCUGGGCCGAUGAAAAGACCUGCUGUGACUACUCCCUCCAUGUGGACAUCACCCACUGGAACGACAGCGUCAAGCAGGAAGUAGACACACUGCUCAAGGAGAAAGGUCUAACAUGGCUCUAUAUAAGGAACUUCUACCAGAUGAGCAACAGUGAGGGUACAGAAAUAUCUUUUACCUUCUGGGGAGAGAUGGGUGGCAUUGUGCAGGUCCAUGCUGAGAACUGUCUGUCUGUCCCACAGGAGCAGGCACGCAUACUGGAGAUGGGAAUCACUGGACCAGAGGGACACGUGCUGAGCAGGCCAGAGAGCUGGAAGGCGGAAGGCUGUGUUCCGUGCCAUCAAACCAUUUGCAGCCAGACCAACUGCCCCCUGUACGUGACCAGGGUCAUGAGCAAGAGUGCUGCCGACAUCAUCUCACAGGCCAGGAAAAAAGGUAACGUUGUGUUCGGCGAGCCAAUCACGGCCAGCCUCGGGACUGACGGGACACACUAUUGGAGCAAGAACUGGGCCAAGGCCGCCUCCUUUGUGACAUCACCCCCACUCAGCCCGGACCCCACCACCCCGGACUACCUGAACACGUUACUGGCCAGUGGUGACUGAAGUUGGACUGGCAGUGGCCAUGACUUUCGCGUGGCGCAGAAGGCCAUAGGGAAGGAUGACUUCACUCAGAUCCCUGAGGGCGUGAACGGAGUGGAGGAGAGGAUGUCCCUCAUCUGGGACAAGGCUGUGACCACCGGCAAGAUGGACGAGAACAUGUUUGUUGCCGUGACGAGCACCAACGCCGCCAAGAUCCUGAACCUGUACCCCCGUAAAGGCCGGGUUGCCGUGGGCUCCGACGCCGACCUGGUCAUCUGGGACUCGGACGCUGUCCGCACCAUCACCGCCAAGACGCACAACUCGGCUGCUGAGUUCAACGUGUUUGAGGGCAUGGAGCUGCGUGGUGCCCCCUCGGUGGUGAUUUGCCAGGGGAAGCUGGUGCUGGAGGAUGGGAACCUGCACGCCAUCUCCGGGGUCGGUCGCUUCAUCCCAUGCACCCCCUUCCCAGACUUUGCCUACAAGCGCAUCAAGGCCAGGAAGCAGCUGGCAGUCCUGCGGGCAGUGCCCAGGGGCAUGUAUGAUGGCCCCGUGUCUGACUUCUCGCCCAUGUCCCGUGGCGGUACCCCCUCAGCGUCUGCCCGCACCUCCCCCACCAAGCAGCCCGUGAGGAACCUCCACCACUCGGCCUUUAGCUUAGCAGGUCCCCCCACCACAGAGGAUCUCCCCAUCCGGCCAGCGGGACGCCGCAUCGUAAUUCCCCCCGGUGGUCGCUCCAACAUCACAUCCCUUAGCUAAGAGGUUGAACCAGGAUCGAGACCAGUCAGAAGAUGACAACAGCCACUGGGAGAAGACGGAGACAUGAUUAGUUACAAGUUAAGAGUUGAGCAAAACACUGAAUCCUCAUGCCUUACCAGCCACAAUGCUACCUGCUUAAGCUUCUAAAGCACCGUUUUCCUCCUCCUAGGGAAUUGCAGGUCAGUCACUAGAACAAUAGGUUAAUUUGAAGGAUAUUUGGCAAAACCUUUACACAAAGAUUGAAUUUGUAUGCCGUGGAAUUACAUGWGCAUGGUCAUAACCAGAAUAUAGGUAAUCAAUCAAUGUGUAUUACUGUCCCUUACUGUCAACAUUAGUAGUUGUUUUAACUGUGCAUUGACCGUUUCGGUUCUACUCUGAAUCCAUAAUAUAGUUAAAUGAACCUCAUGAUAACUGUCAUGACCAGUGACCACAGUGUUCUGAUGCCUGUUCCCUAGGACAAGUAAUACUGCUUUUCUCAUAGCAAUUCUUUGUUUUUUUUUCUUCCAUCACGUUCUCGGCUUUCAAUGUCACCCUUUUUGAGUGCUAGUCUGCAGAUAUACAGUAGUUUGCUAGCGGUGUAAUAAUAACAUGCAGUAACGUCCAUUACUGAUAGGUGGCACUGUGAGUAUGUAUGGUAGAUGUAACGUAGCUUUGUGAAUGAUGUUGUCGCUGGCUCCCUGGGUUGUUGAACCAGAAGUGAUAGUCAUUUAAUCAUUUAAAAAAAAAAAGGAAACUAGAUAAAAACACAUCUGGUAAUACAGAUAUUUUGUAAACAUGUAAUAGCAUGUUGGUAGAAGUGGUUGUCAGGUUAAUUUUCCCUUGCGCUCUGCUCCAUCCUGGCUGUAGAUUCCAUUGAGAAACCGUCCUUUGCCAUUGCUUCAAGCUUAAUGCCUGUUCCUAUACAUACCGUUUAGCAAGUCAUCUGGGGGGGUAAAAGGAAAAUGCGCAAGAAGUACCAAGCUCAACUUCKAUGGCCUGGGUCGUGAAAUUGUAAUUCUGAGCUUUGUGAACAUUACUACAUAAAGAAAAUGAAAUGAUUAAAAGUAACAAACCUGAUUUGAAAUAACAGUAAUUCACCUCUGUCUUUUAUUUUUUUUAUUUUCAUGGCAAUGUGGGAUCUCGUUUUGAAGCAGCAGACCAUCGUAACCUGCAUUCAAGAACAUAACAUUGAAGCGUAAUGUCGUGCUGUUUUAAAUCUCAACACUCUGAGAGUCUCCACAUUUCUGUACACUCUACCUGACUGACAGCCCUUAGUUUGGUAACUAACACCAAGGGGAAGACAGACACGCUUAACCCUGGGUCACURUCUUUCACAAUUCUUUUCUAUGCGUCUGUUUGGUCUACCUGUCCCAGACAAGGCAGGGGAUUGUAAUAUGUUUUCAGAAAGAGGCGAGGAGGACGAGGAGAGCUUUAUUUUUGCUAUCCCAAUCAGCUGAGGGAGAGGUUGUGAGGAAGUCAUUGUCUUUUAAUGAGUGAUGGUGUGGAACUUCAAGCCAUCCAAGUGGUGAUUAUAUUUAUGUUAGUUUGACUUGAUCUUUGUUAUUGUUUUUUUAGGUUCUUUUUUUUUUUUUACUGUUGUAUCAAAACCCAGAGAAGGCAGGUAAUAAAAAAAAAAACGUUGAGGUGUGAUGUGGUGUUAUGAACUGUUCCUGAAUAAACAUGAGUUGCAACUGA